AUGUGGCUUAUCAAUACAACGGCGAUCACUCUGGAGGACAAAAACAUAUCAUCAACUCCAUAUGCAAUUCUGUCGCAUACUUGGGGUGAAGAUGAGGUCACAUUCGAAGACAUGAUGAAGGGCCGGGAAAAGGGCAAGAAAGGCUAUGUCAAGAUCAUACACACUUGCAGAUUAGCCAAAGAGAGGGGGAUUGCAUACGUCUGGGUCGAUACUUGCUGCGUUGAUAAGAGGAGUAGUGCAGAGCUGGCCGAAGCUAUAAACUCUAUGUUCAACUGGUACAGGCUCUCAAAAGUUUGCUUUGCUUAUCUCGAGGAUCUGAACGUCCAUCGUGGUCCACAGGAUGACGAGCUCGACGGCCUAUCUUCUUGUCGAUGGUUUACCCGGGGCUGGACAUUGCAGGAGCUGAUUGCCUCGCGGGACCUCGAAUUCUAUGACAGCAUGUGGAAGUACCGGGGAACAAAAGCAAAGCUACAAACAAAGAUCUCAGAAAUCACCGGCAUUGACAUUGCGGUUCUGGAAAACAACGCUAUCCUGGAGACAAUACCUGUUGCAAAGCGCAUGUCAUGGGCAGCGAAUCGAGAGACCACGAGAAUAGAGGAUCUCGCAUACUGCCUCCUAGGAAUUUUCGGUGUCAACAUGCCAAUGCUGUAUGGGGAAGGAACAAAAGCUUUUGGCAGGCUUCAAGAAGAGAUCAUCAAAGAGACAACUGACCUCUCUAUAUUUGCAUGGAAAGUAAAUUCGACUGGGGGAUUUCGCGGCAUUCUCGCUCGAUCUCCCUCCGAGUUCGCACACUGUCGAAAUCUGCGACGCGCACCGACAAUGAGAUACGGCUAUGAAUACAGCAUGACGAACAAAGGGCUUAGAAUGGAGACAUACCUAGGCGCGAGUAAGGAUGAGGAGUAUUUAUUGAACCUUGCGUGCAUGAUACCGAAUGAUCGUGGCGAAGCAGCAAGGAUUGGAGUUUAUCUUACCAAGACGGCUGAUGGCUUUGUCCGCAGCCGUCCUUCCGAGCUGUUCGAAACACAGGAUUCACUACUCUGGGCAGGUCCACGCCAUAAGAUUUUCAUUCGCAAGCACGUCACAUCUUUUGGAUCCGAGAACUUAAGGACGCUUCUUGACAUGAACCUCGGAGCCAAUUUCAACAUCCGUCCUGGAAUCCAACUUGCUUCCUUUGCCGCGAAACCAGCAGAUCUCUGGGACACUUUACGUCAAGAAUUCGUCACAGAUAAUAGUAAAAAGUUCACUGGCUUUCUCAACUUUCAGCUGACCGACACUGGCAAAUCUUUCGUUUCUCCUCGAAUUUAUGUUGUCUGCGGCUUGUCCGUACAUUCCACCUCUGGGAACCUAAAGCCGUGGAUGGGUAUCUACAGCUCUGCGGAAAAGAGGAGACACGGGAAGAUAAUAGAGUGUGUUGAUGGGUAUUACGAUUCUUACGGGGAGGAACACUACCUGCAUCAGCUGCGGGACUGCGUGCUCGGUACUGGAAAUGAUCUCCCGCAAGAAAUCAGCCUGCCUUCCAGUGAUGCAGCGCAUAGACUCCACCUCUCUCUCGGGGUUAUCCAGCGAUCUCCAGGUUGUUUGUACACUAUCGCAGUAAAUGUUACAAACAUGGGAUGA